AUGUCGAUCGAGUGUCAACAAGAUGAAAAUGUUCAUGUUCCUGCAACUUCUCCGGAUCCGGCUGCUGUUGGUCCGUUUUCAUCGACUGCUGAACAACCAUAUGGGGUUGGGUAUUCCUUCCAAAGUCAUAUGAAUGCCCCAUUCCCCCCUUUCGAAACUCAAUCGUUAAGAACUUCAGUAGCAAAGAAGAAAGGAAAGGGAAAGAAUCCUUCACCAAUCCAAUCUUCCAAUCCUCCUAGUCGACUUUGGACGACAGCUGAAGACAUCGCACUGACAAAGGCUUAUCUCUACGUCUCCGUCGAUUCGAUUGUAGGGAAGGAUCAGACCAGUGAAAGGAUGUGGAGUCGUAUUUUGGGUGCUUGGAGGGACAACAUGGGCACUUACGAUGAGUCUCGGAAAGCCAAUGACUUAUCAUGCCGUUGGGGUCUGAUCCAAGCUGUUGUAACCAAGUUUCAUGCUUCAUAUGAAUCUGUAGAGAGAGCUCCAAAAAGUGGAGUCUCGAUUCAGAACGUGAAAAUCCUAAGUGGUGUUCACUUCAACUCACUAGGACUGGGACUUCAAAGAAACAAAAAGAAGACUGGUGAAAGUCUUGCUGAUAGUUUAGCACAGACAUCACUUACUUCUUCACUGCCAGAUGGUGUCACGGAUGUGGAUAAUGAGAACAUUGAUGCCGGACAAGGAGUUGCUCGACCUCCGGGUAAAAACACUAGCAAAGCUAAACUCCAAAAAGCGCAUGAACAGAAGAAUAUUGCAGGCAUACUGAGUAGUUUCCAGACUACAGUUGAAAAGCAACACUUGCUUAAUCAACAAGAACUGGAAUUGAAGAAAGAAAAGGAUAAAAAAGACCAUGAACUGAUGGAGCUAUUGAUGAAAAAGGAAUUGGAACUGAAAGAAAAGGAUCAACAAUUAAAGGAAGAAGCUCAAAGGCAGAAACAAAAAUUAGGGAAGCGAAAGGAAUGCGAGCGCAUUAUGACAACUGAUCUUACUCCUCUUCAACCCGCCAUACGGAAGGCUUAUGAACAAAUGCAGGCGAAAAUUAUAAGUUGUUUCCUUAGAUUGAGUUAG